GUCCUCCACGAACCGAACGGCAUGAAGCUAGCAAUCACCGCCGCUCUCUCAGCGGCCUUCGUCGCACUGCUUCUGGGAGAGGUGCAGGGAUACAUUUUCGACCAAAUACUUUGGAUGUCCGACGACUGUUGGGUGGAGUGCACUGGGAAUUCCACCUUCUGCGCCGAUGACGGCCAGACCUACGAAGACUGCUCUAAAGAUUAUUUAUUCAGAUGCUACUACAAUGGCACCCGAAAGAUAUACGACAGUCCCUGCCCCGCAGACUGGAAUGAAACCUACGUUACGGAGCGAGGCACAAUACAAGAACCUUUCGCGUACGAAUCUUGGGUGGACUACUAAUCAUUCCAGAUUCCCCGGCUACGAUGACCUGAGGUGACCUUUGCAGCAUCUCACCAUUAGAUUAUUCCAGCACAGAGGCACUUGAUAUCAUCCCAGAUCUCUCUCCAGUCACAUUAUGUUUAUCCACUUACACUUGGAUUUUUGCUGGUAUGGCACCAGGACCAACAUAUAAUGAAUGUAGUUUUAUGUGUCAAAUUCCCCUGAUCAUAGCAAUGAGGUAUUGACUGAAAUGCCUGUUGCCAAAGCAUCAAAUAAAUAAAGCAUCACAGCAAUAA